UCCAGAGAGCCUGAUGAAAUCAAUGAUUGACGCGUCUCAUAGAUUUUUUGAUCUGCCGGAGGAGGAGAAGAAGGAGUUCCAAACAAGGAACCUGUUGGACCCAAUCAAGUGCGGCACCAGCUUCAACGCCGACAUUGAAAAAGUUCAUCUCUGGAGGGAUUUCCUCAAGGUCAUAGCCCACCCUGAGUUCAACUCACUCUACAAACCUGCUGGAUACAGCGAGGUUUCACUGGAGUUCAGCAAACGAACCCGAGAAGUAGCCACAGAAAUAUUGAAGGGAAUAUCAGAGAGCUUAGGGUUGGAGGCGGACUACAUAACAAAGGCCAUGAACUGGGACCGUGGCUUACAAAUUCUGGCCGGGAAUUACUACCCGGCGUGCCCACAGCCCGAUAAAGCAAUCGGUCUACCUCCUCAUACUGAUCAUGGACUGGUGACCCUCCUCAUUCAGAAUGAGAUGGGUGGCCUUGAAGUCAAGCACAAAGACCAAUGGGUGUUGGUGAAUUCUCAUUCAAUGCACGUCUGGCGACCGGUCGCAAGUUCCUGGCGACCGGUCGCAUUGCAAUCUGUCUGA